AUGGUCGAUUUGAACGCAAAGAUGGAGUCAAUCUCAAGCUUGCAGGUCACUCUGGCUCCUCAGACACCGAUACUGGAGGCACACGAAGUAGUUGCUCUCCCGAUCAAAGUCUCGGUUCACAACGCCGCCGAUUCACCAGUCACCAUUCUGAGGUGGGAUACACCGUUAGACCCUCAGGCUGCUGUUCUCGGUGUCUUCGAGGUUUGUGAUACCGCAGACCAGCGGAAAUUGACCCUUCCCACCAUCAUGGUCUCACGCAAAUUACCUGCCUCCGAGGCAGAUCUUGUUGAGUUACAAGCACGCCAAACUCUAGACCUCACAGUCAAGUUGCCCAUACCAGGUCUUGAAAAGGGGCAUGAAUAUGCCGUUCGUGCUCAGGGAAUUUGGCACGCUGUAUGGCCAACUGAGUUAUCGAAUGUGUCCCCUUCCCAACUCCGAGAUAACGAGGGCGCAGGUCGGGGGGACUUCCGUUCAAAUGAUUCCCAUGUGAGAAUUCAGUGA